AUGUCUGCUGAAACUGCCACGUCUUUCCGUUCUGCUCCCAGAAAAUUCAUCAAGCGUCCUGACGACAAGGCGCUCAAGGAGGAGAUUGAAGGGUUGAAGAACGAGAUCAAGAAGUUGGACUUAGCCAACAACGAGCUCACGGCCCAGAUCAACAAAACCCAAGUUGAGGAUGGUGCCCAGAAGAAGAGAAGCAAGUUGCAAGAAGAAUUAAAGUCUUUGAUUCAGCAACAGUCUGCUUCUAAGAACGAGAGAAACGCCAUCAACGACCAGAUCAAAAACAUUGACGGUCAGAUGAAGAAGAGAAUCGCCGAGAUCCAGGCUCAGACCUCGAAGAACAACUUCAAGACAGUCGGUGAAAUCGACUCUAGAAUCAGCUACUUGGACGGUUUGAUUGAUGCUGGUGACUUAAAGUUGGCUGACGAACGUAGAUUUGUCAAGGAGAUGUCCGCUUUGCGUAAAUUGCGUAAGGAUUUUGGUGGUAUUGAGAAGACUCAGUCUUUGAUCGAUGCUGACAAGGUCAAGAUUGCUGACUUGAAGAAGAAGUUGCUGUCUUUCCAGAACAAGGAAUUGAGUGCUCGUUUUGACGCUAUCCAGAAGGAGUUGGACACUAUUAAUGAGGCCAACAAGUCUCUUUAUUCCAAGAGACUGACAUUGUUUGACAAGAGAACCGAAAUCAAGAAGCAAAAGGAUGAGAAGUACAACCAGAUCAGAAAAUUGAGAGCUGACUUUGACGAACAGUUCGCCAAAUUCAAGCUGACUUUGGCUGAAGAAAAGAAGAAGAGAGAUGAAGAAUACAAACAGAGACAGGCUGAAGAGAAGCAGGCCAAGAGAAAGGAGGUCGCCGAACAGCAAUUGGCAGAAGCUUCUGUUCCAGCUUUUACUACAGAGAUCAACUCCAUCCACAACUUGUUGUCUUACUUCGAUCCUUCCUAUGUCAAGCCUGCUCCAAAGACUGCUGUAGCCACUAACGGAAACUUGCCAACCAACAAUAAUAUCAGAACUGUAGAGAUGCCUUCUGAUGUAGUUGUUAUCAAGAAGGAACAGGAGGCCUUCUUUGCCGGUUCCAAGUCCAAGAAGUCAAAGCAGAGAAAGAACAAGACCAAGAACUUCACCGUAGACCCUGACGUUAUCGUGUCGUUGUCGGACUUGAGCAUUCCUUUCCCUACCAAGGAGGAAGAAGUAACCUCUACAGUAGAGGUCUUGAAGGAAACCCUUUCUGCUCUUGAAGACAAGCAGGAAGAACAGACCAAAACCAACAUCGAAAGGGCCAAGGCUAGAAUCGCCAAGUUGGAAGCCGAAGAAGAUGCCAGGGAAGCCGAAGAAGCUGCUGCUGUUGAUGAAGAAGAAGAAGUUGCCGAAGAAGAACAAGUCAAUGGCGAAGCCUAA